AUGAAAUACUUUCUUGUGUAGGAUGUCAGCAAGGAGACCCACUAGGGCCCGCAAUUUUCAGCCUAGCCAUCCACCCCGUCAUCACUCAGCUCACAUCGGACCUAAAUCUCUGGUAUUUAGACGACGGCACCAUCGGUGGCAUUGGAUCCAAGCUACCCUCCCGAUCAAAUACGGCGGUCUUGGUAUCCGUUUGACGGGCAGUUUAGCUCUCCCGGCCUUUUUGUCGUCUGCCUAUAGCACGCUCACCCUCAUUGGUGGUAUAUUACGUACCCCUUCAACCGCUAAUGUGUCGGUGUCGUGCUUGGCGGACGCUGAAUCGGCUUGGAGUGCAGACCAUCCCGUCGAACGGGUACCAGAGGAAAAAUCUAGCCAAGCAACAUGGGACGUCAUAAAUAUAAAAUCGCAACACCAACUCCUACUACAAAACUGCCAUAACGACUACGAACGGGCGAGGCUAUUAGCCGUUUCCGAAAAGGAAUCGGGACAUUGGCUGCACGCGCUUCCAUCGCGAAACCUUGGCUCCACUCUAGAUCCUUCAGCCCUACGCAUCGCUGUCUGCCUCCGCCUGGGCUUAAAAAUAUGCGAGCCCCACGCCUGUAGUCGAUGCGCUCAAGCUGUUGAUGAUUUAGGACGGCACGGCUUACACUGCCAAAUGAGCGCAGGCCGACUAUAUAGACACGCCACAUUGAACGACCUGAUCCGCCGCGCCCUUUGCACCGCCUCUUUACCCGCAACUCUGGAGCCGUCAGGCCUCUCUGCCACAGAUGGCAAGAGACCUGACGGCUGCACUCUUGUGCCCUGGAGCCUUGGCCGCCCUUUAGCGUGGGACGCUACCUGCGUCGAUACGCUAGCACCGUCCCACGUUGAGGGAUCGGCCCGGAAGCCCGGGACUGCCGCGGACCAGGCCCAGACACUAAAGCGCCGCAAAUAUGCGUUCCUAACGGACACAUACGAUUUUGCGGCGCUCGCCAUUGAAACACUGGGCCCAUGGUCGACCGACACCAAACAGUUAAUAAAGGAAGUGUCGGUCAGGCUAAUAGGCGUCUCGGGCGACCACAGGGCGGGCUCCUUCUUGGCUCAAAGAUUAAGUCUGGCGGUUCAAAGGGGCAACGCCGCCAGCAUUCUAGGGUCCAUUCCAGAAGCGGGUAGCUUGGGAGAGAUAUUUUAUAUUUAGUAUUUAGUUUUAGUUGUUAGUUUA